AUGGAUCCAAACAACCCUAAUUACAAUCAACUUGCUCAACAUUUUUCUGAUUUAGGUGAUGAUUUCAUCACUAGUCCAAAUUUUCAAUUAUUCCUAGAAAGAUUAGGAAACCCUUCUUCUCAAAAUUCCGUUAAUCAACCAACACCUCCACAAAUUCCUAAUAAUGAAAACACUUAUUUUGAGCAACAAACUCCUUCCGUUACCGAAGGGAGCAACUCUGAGUACGAUGCCAGCCAAGAAGAAGCUGUUCCAGAGACACCACAGUACCCUCCACCACCUCCAAGGAUUCCGGCCAAUCAACCACUUGCCAAAGCGAGUCGCAUUUGGUCGGUUGCUGAGGAUGAAGCUCUAAUUGGGUCCUACCUAGAACUAAGUGAUGAUGCGCUUCGUGGUACGAGGCAAAAGGCAUCCGAACUAUGGCAAAAAGUUCAUGCAGCUUACUGUAAACUACAAGCUGAGAAACCACAUAUUCUCCCGCCAAGACCUAUGAAGAGUUUGGAGACACAUUGGAGAAGAAUGGAAGCUGAUUUGCUACAGUGGACUAAUUGCUAUGAGGAGGCGGGCAAACUCCCUGAAAGCGGAAGUGGUUACAACAAAUCCGAUCGAAUUAAAAACGCUUCCAAGUUGUUUUAUAUCUCCUCUAAUCCACAACAUAAUUUUGCAUUUCCACAUGGAAUGGAAAUGGUUAAUAAAGAUCCGAGGUGGAGGACUAAACUAAGAUGGGAUCUGUCAAAGGAGGAAAGUCAGGGUUGCGGUGUCGAUGAUGAGGAAGAUAGCAGUGGAAGUGGGAAAAGGUCUAGGGUAGAGAGUGAGAAUGAAAUCCGUACUAAUGGAUUUAUGUCCGGAAGAUUACCACGACCAGACGGUGUAAAAAAAACGAAGGCUAAACGUAAGGGAAAAGCAGUUGCUUCCGAAAGUGCAAUAUUGAGCAUUAGUGAACAGAUAAAGACGUGUACUGAGGUUAGAGUAAGGGAGGCGAAUUUACGACAACGGUUGAAACUUGAUAGAGAAAAGGAAAAGAGGAAGCAAAAACAAGUUGAUUUAGCAGAGAAGAAGAUGAAUUUUAAUAUGCUUCAAUCACUUUUAGCAAGGACAACACCACUCACUCCAGCUGAAGAGGCCCACAAGGACGAGGUACUUCAAUUAGUCUACGGUAGAAAAUGA